AGAUAGUCCUAGUAGCCGCUGCAUGUUGUGACAAGUGCUAUGUCGGACUGUUUGAACCCGUUUGCUGCCCUCCUGCAACCAGCACAACUUGCGGCGGCAUUUCAACAAAACAAUGCAGACUUAGCUGCAUUGUCGACGACAUCGAAUUCGUCACCACCGUAUUCGCAAGCGGGUACUGAACAAAUGCAAUACUCAACACCAGAAUCAUGCGCGGAUCAACGUACGGAAACUCCGUCGUCCGAUCAGUUGAACGGCGAAAUGUCGGUGUCCAACGGGUUCUCGCCUGACAAUGGCACAGGUUCCGAUAGGGAUCAAUCACCUGACUGUGUCUCUACCUCUUCAUCCGGUGAACCACAUCUACUAGGCUCAAAGACGAUCUCUGCUGAAGACGCUGAAUUGCAACGACAGAUUCUGCGUCUUCAAGCCUUCAACGACGAGGUGAACGACAAAAAACCUCCGCCGGCGUUGAAUUUGCUGACAUCAUUGCACAAUAAUCCAUUGUUGGCUGAGAAAUUAGCCAGCUGUAUGAUUCCCGGUAUGCCGCAACCGCCAUCGGCUACAGUACCUCUGGCUGCAUCAUUAGUUCAACAGACGAACACACAUGAUGUUACACCGACAAAGCGGAAACGGCAAAGAAGAAAUCCGGUUUGGCCGUACUUUGACGUCAUAGAUGGUACAGCUAGAUGCAAGCAGUGUUUGUAUAGCACUAAAUCUGUGUUUAGCACGAAUCUAAAAGUGCAUCUACGAUCCCAUCAUAGAGCUGACUACGAGAAGGUGAUCCAAGCCGAAGAUGCGUUAAACCUGAAUGCUUUGCUUCUCAGCGGCAACUCGGGAAAACUAUUCUCAACGGAUUUAACGCGAAAACGCAUGCCACCGAUGACGAGCAGCAUUCUGAUGACGAUCAAUAAAUUAGCGAGCCAAUCAGCCGGUGAAGAUAAUCCGCUGAACAGCGUAUUACGACAAACUCUGGCCGCUGGUACACUAAAUCAACAACUGCAACAAGUGCAAAAUCAACUUCAGGCUCAAGCGCAACAGAAGCAGCAACAGCAACAGCAGCAACAGCAGCAACAGCAGCAGCAUCAGCAACAACAGCAACAACAGCAGCAACAACAACAGCAACAGCAAACGCCGCUGACACUAAAUGCUGCCAAUCUGGCUGUGUUAAACCAAAUGGCUCGGAAUCAGUUGAAUGCAAAUCCUCAACCACUUCUCGGUAUGACUGCCGAACAAUUCACGAACCAUUUCAAUUUCCUGAAUCCGAUGAAGAGAGAUCUUUCGUCAGCACCGAAUGGUACCGAUGCGAACGGCAUGCCACAACCGAAACGACGUCGAUUACGUCGACAUCCAGUGUGGAUGUUCUUCAAGGAUCUCGAAGAUCGGAUGGUCGGCUGCAUCAACUGCAAUUUCCGGACAGGAUCCGCCUUCAGCACCAAUUUGAAGAUGCAUUUGAAAGCUCAUCACAAGGAAGACUACGAGAGAGUCUUAAAGCUUGAAGGCGAUAUGCGUGUUGAAGAGAACGUUACUGGACCACCAAAUAAGAUCAAGAACGAACUUAUCGAUUUUAUUCGUGGUGGUGGAAACGCAAGCACAGCAGCUGCAGCAAACCCUUCCGCUCCUCGUGCGUCACCAUUGAUCCAGCAGUUUAUCAGCCAAACUAUGGCAGCACGCCCUUCAGGUGAUGGUGGUGCAAGAAAGGAGAGCCUUGACGAUGAAUCUUUCAAUGCUAUGUCGAUGUCGGAUAAGUUAGCUGCAUUGGUGGGGCUUGUCCCAGCAUCUGGCGGUGUUGAUGGAGAAAUUAGGCAAGAAGAUGAGCCAGAAGAUGUGGUCCCAACUGUACAGAACGCCUUUGAUGAGAUUCGACGAGCAGCAGACAACAUGCUUGCAGCCAACAUGGGACUAGCUCCACCUCCGCAAGAGCAAACCUUAGUAAACCUCAACGGUUCAGUUGUUACCAAUGAAUCUCAAUCAGCUUCAUCAUCUGGAUCCGCUGAUGAUUGUGACGAGAAGAAAGUUGACCGGGAUAUGGCUCUAGCAAAAUUCUGGUUCUCGGAAGGUGCUAACAACAAUCUUCUACAGAGUGAAUUGUUCAAGGCACUAACUGAGCCGGUUGGUCCUGACAAGAACACUGAAAACCUCGCGUCCACUCUAACAUGCUUGAGCCAACUAAUAAUGCCCACUUGUUGGAAUGAGGAGAGCUUAGAAAGUGCUGGAACUUCCGCAGGAUUACCGCUUGUGCCGGCGAUACCAGCUGUCGAUGUUGCUUCGUUGACCUAUGAUGGAUUGUUCGACACUUUGGCAUGGCUCCAGAAAACUUUCGGAGCGGACGAGUUGACCUCUUUUGUGGUGGUGAUACAGCUGCUGAAAGCGUCUGCAAAGAACGACGAGGAGAGAGUGAUUGUGGAUACGGUAGCAUCUGGAUUGGAGCGCAUUUACAGUCUGAAUUUCGAGACCGAUCGAAGUGAACGCACGAAGAAGUUGAUCUCUGAGAAAAUGAAGCUGAAGCGAUUGUUCGAGACGUCGGAACAACGCGAACAUCGUCUUCAACGAAUGAAAGAACGUUAUCGACAACAAAGAGAUUCGUCGAGCGGUAGUAAACCGGACAGACGUCGAAGAGAAUAUCGCAGCGAAACGGCUUCCCCAGCCGAUCCUGAUGAUCUCGCGGCUCAAGCAAAAGAAGAACGAUUGCGGCGAUUGCGUGACUAUCAAAGGAAACGAUUGCUGAAUGAGAAACCCGAGCAACGAGCACGACGAUUGGCAAAAAUGCGCGAAAAUCAGAAAUUACGGCGCGCGCGACAAAUGGCAAGUCGUAACGUCGUCACGGCGGCCAGUUUGGACUUCGUCCGUUCACUGGCUCCAGACUACGAAAUUCCUGAAGCAGGAGAUUUGGCCGGUCUUGUUGACGCUGAACAGCAACAGCAACAGCCCGAAGAGCAGCAGCAGCAGCAAUGCUUGCGCUUAGACAACUUCUAUCAACUGGGUGACGGUGAAUCACACUCGUUACGUCUAGACUUUAAACGGCCUGAUGGACUUUUGAUAGAUGGCAAUAGACAGAGACAAUUAGUUGUCUAUUUUGGCGACAAAUAUCCAGAAGUGGCUCGAUUUCCAAGAAUUUAUGUCACAGAGAAUGAUUAUGGAAUGGUGAAGUUCAGGUGCAUUUUAAAUUGCGAUCGUUGGGAUUUGGACUAUCAAUACUACACACAUGUUGAUCGAAAGCAGAAACGAUUCCGGCUAGAACUUGCGUUCAGAGAUCUGAGUUACGAAGAAUAUGAAGAAAUUGCUAUGCUGUCAACUCCCAGGUUCAUUUCGCAGAUUGGCGGACAACUCGGGCUUUUUCUGGGCACUUCGGUGGUUUUAUUGUUCUACUUACUUAGCCAAUUGCUUACGAAAUUGUUGUAUCGCAAAGUUUGA